AUGCGGAAACCGCUCCAAAGAGCCAGGCGGGCAGGCGAGGACAGCGGUUGCCACGGCAACCACCGAGCGACGCCGUGCGACGGAAGGAACGCGCCGGAAGGGUCUGCCACCAUGAGGUCCUCCUGGCGUCCUCGGAGGUGCCUCCUGGUCGGGGAAGGGAACUUCUCCUUCUCUGCCGGGCUGUGCCAAGCGAGGGGCGGCGAGACUCACCUCAUCGCUACCUGCUAUGAGGGGGAAGAGGUCGCUUCCAGACAAACCCUGGCUAAAAGCAACAUUCAGGAUCUGAGGGAGAGAGGAGCUGAAGUUCACUUUGGUGUUGAUUGCACAAAACUGAAGGAGCACUUUUUACCAGCAGAGAGGGAUUUUGAUUUCAUUUAUUUCAAUUUCCCCCAUUGUGGGAGAAAAGUUGGAGUGAAAAAGAACAAAGAGCUUCUGGCCAGGUUUUUCUGUAGCUGUGCAGAGGUUCUGGCAGCGAAGGGAGAAGUCCACGUGGCCCUUUGUAGGGGACAGGGUGGCACCCCUGCAGACCAGCCAAGGAGGGAGUGGCACAACAGCUGGCAAGUGGUUGCUAUGGCAGCAGAGGCUGGAUUCAUUCUGAACGACGUUCAUCCAUUUAACAGCAGGGAUGUGCGUGGAUAUAAAUGUACGGGCUACAGGAGCCAGGAUAAAUCUUUCUGUGUGGAAGGAGCUUUGAAUCACAUCUUCACCCGAAGUCUGCACCUUCCGCUUCCUAGACCUCUGAUCUGUCAAACAGAACUGGAAGGCAAGUUGGUUUCCUUCUUGGUUCCGGAGAUAUUUCAAGAUAAGAUCAACAGGGAUCUUCUGGAUGUGGAUUCAGAGCAUCCUGUCAGAACAGUAAAUGAAAAACUCCUUGAAGGUCUCGGCAAAUCUUUUCCCAUUCUGAAGGCGAGCCGUCCCCUUUCUUUGGUGUUCCAAGCCCCUGGCAAUUUUUCUCUCCCCUUGGAUGCCCUUUGGAUGGUUCGUGUCGCUGAAAGAAGUCCAAAUCCUGAGUCAGUGGCUGAGAAGAAGAAUGUGAGGGAUACAGAGACCUUUCCUUCUGAGUUUCCUGACUGGGAUUGCACAGACCAAGGUAGCUUGAAAAACAGGAACUGGCUCUUAGGACAAUAUUAUCUGAGACCUUCUCUUCUGUUUUUUCUUCCCACAGUAGUACCACAAACAGAGUUUCCUCCCAAUACCCUCCUGGCGCUCAGUGGGCCUGUCUUUAGGAAAUGCAGGAUCUCUCCCCAUGCUCUGCCCAUUUUUCACGAGGCCCUCUUUAUCUGUGUAGUUAAUAAAGGUUUGGAAGAUACGUGCACACAGCUUCUUGUGGAAAACCUUACGGCAACAUUAAACCCUUGGCUCCUGGUUGCGGGUUUUAAAUUGGCUUGCACAACGGAUGAGCCAGAUCCAGCUGAACUUGACGCCUUUGUGACUUCUGGACUGCAGCCCCAUAAACUGAAAUAUUUAAUCACUCUCAAACUUGAUGCUUCCAAUCCUGACCUGAAAGGUUGUUGUGUGGGGAGCAUCGGCACAGUUCCCUGGUGGCCAACAAGCAUUGAUCAGGAAAUCGUGUAUGCUUCGUUGAACCUCGAUCUUCUGGUCAUGCAUGUUUGCGGCAUCUGCGACUGGCGAAUCCUCUGGACCUCUGAUGAGCGUUUCCUUAAUCAGUUUUCAGGAGGGAUAUUGGACCGCUUCAAGAGCUUUUCACUCUAUCCACCCUCCUACGUGCAUGAUCUCAGCUUCUGGGUAGCAGAACCGGAAAGAUUUAAUGAAACCCAGCUCCACACCAUUGUCAGGGCCGUGUCUUGUGAAUCAGUUGUGUCUAUCCAACUGCUUGACAGGUUUCAGCACCCAGAGACGGCACAGACCAGCCUCUGUUAUCGGUUCACUUACCAGUCUUGUGACAAAGCGCUGACUGGCCAGCAAGCGGCAGCGAUGCAGAUGAAGCUCAGGAAUGAGAUUGUGUGCUCCCUGCACGUGACUCUUAGGUAG